AUUUUUAAUUGUGAUUUUGUUCUUUUAAGACCAAAAUGAGAUUUUAACUUUGUGCGAUAUAAAGAAAAAAAAAGCAUGAUUCUUCAAAAAAUGAUCAAAAUGUCUUUCAAUAAUUUAAAUAUGUGUAUAAAACUUUUGUCUUUCAUUCUAUGGAGAGAAUUAAUUUUCAAUCAUAUCAUGCAUGUUAAUAACAGGCAUAGGUUAUUACAGAGAGAACUUUAUCAUGGAAUAACAACAGGGUGUUAUUACCAAAGAGAUCACUUAAACCUUUAGUUUAGUAUUGUUAACUUUGUUUCUGAAUAGAAUAUAAAUACUUGUCAUUCUAUAGCAUAUUCGAGAUGUUUAAAUUUCAUCGAAAAGUUUGAAAUGAAACAGAGAUCAAAGGAUUAAAUAGCAAAAGCUGUCGAGAAAAAGGGGGAGGGGACAACUUUACAUUGAAUUCCUAAAAUGCGAAAUAAUCACAAUUAUUCUUACUCAAGUAACUAAAUUGAUUGAGAUAUUAUCCUGUGCAUUUUUAAUUGUGAUUUUGUUCUUUUAAGACCAAAAUGAGAUUUUAACUUUGUGCGAUAUAAAGAAAAAAAAAGCAUGAUUCUUCAAAAAAUGAUCAAAAUGUCUUUCAAUAAUUUAAAUAUGUGUAUAAAACUUUGUCUUUCAUUCUAUGGAGAGAAUUAAUUUUCAAUCAUAUCAUGCAUGUUAAUAACAGGCAUAGGUUAUUACAGAGAGAACUUUAUCAUGGAAUAACAACAGGGUGUUAUUACCAAAGAGAUCACUUAAACCUUUAGUUUAGUAUUGUUAACUUUGUUUCUGAAUAGAAUAUAAAUACUUGUCAUUCUAUAGCAUAUUCGAGAUGUUUAAAUUUCAUCGAAAAGUUUGAAAUGAAACAGAGAUCAAAGGAUUAAAUAGCAAAAGCUGUCGAGAAAAAGGGGGAGGGGACAACUUUACAUUGUUUGCCUAAAAUGCUAAAUAAUCACAAUUAUUCUUACUCAAGUGACUAGAUUGAGAUAUUAUCCUGUGCAUUUAUAAUUGUGAUUUUGUUCUUUUAAGACCAAAAUGAGAUUUUAACUUUGUGCGAUAUAAAGAAAAAAAAAGCAUGAUUCUUCAAAAAAUGAUCAAAAUGUCUUUCAAUAAUUUAAAUAUGUGUAUAAAACUUUUGUCUUUCAUUCUAUGGAGAGAAUUAAUUUUCAAUCAUAUCAUGCAUGUUAAUAACAGGCAUAGGUUAUUACAGAGAGAACUUUAUCAUGGAAUAACAACAGGGUGUUAUUACCAAAGAGAUCACUUAAACCUUUAGUUUAGUAUUGUUAACUUUGUUUCUGAAUAGAAUAUAAAUACUUGUCAUUCUAUAGCAUAUUCGAGAUGUUUAAAUUUCAUCGAAAAGUUUGAAAUGAAACAGAGAUCAAAGGAUUAAAUAGCAAAAGCUGUCGAGAAAAAGGGGGAGGGGACAACUUUACAUUGAAUUCCUAAAAUGCGAAAUAAUCACAAUUAUUCUUACUCAAGUAACUAAAUUGAUUGAGAUAUUAUCCUGUGCAUUUAUAAUUGUGAUUUUGUUCUUUUAAGACCAAAAUGAGAUUUUAACUUUGUGCGAUAUAAAGAAAAAAAAAGCAUGAUUCUUCAAAAAAUGAUCAAAAUUUCUUUCAAUAAUUUAAAUAUGUGUAUAAAACUUUGUCUUUCAUUCUAUGGAGAGAAUUAAUUUUCAAUCAUAUCAUGCAUGUUAAUAACAGGCAUAGGUUAUUACAGAGAGAACUUUAUCAUGGAAUAACAACAGGGUGUUAUUACCAAAGAGAUCACUUAAACCUUUAGUUUAGUAUUGUUAACUUUGUUUCUGAAUAGAAUAUAAAUACUUGUCAUUCUAUAGCAUAUUCGAGAUGUUUAAAUUUCAUCGAAAAGUUUGAAAUGAAACAGAGAUCAAAGGAUUAAAUAGCAAAAGCUGUCGAGAAAAAGGGGGAGGGGACAACUUUACAUUGUUUGCCUAAAAUGCUAAAUAAUCACAAUUAUUCUUACUCAAGUGACUAGAUUGAGAUAUUAUCCUGUGCAUUUUUAAUUGUGAUUUUGUUCUUUUAAGACCAAAAUGAGAUUUUAACUUUGUGCGAUAUAAAGAAAAAAAAAGCAUGAUUCUUCAAAAAAUGAUCAAAAUGUCUUUCAAUAAUUUAAAUAUGUGUAUAAAACUUUUGUCUUUCAUUCUAUGGAGAGAAUUAAUUUUCAAUCAUAUCAUGCAUGUUAAUAACAGGCAUAGGUUAUUACAGAGAGAACUUUAUCAUGGAAUAACAACAGGGUGUUAUUACCAAAGAGAUCACUUAAACCUUUAGUUUAGUAUUGUUAACUUUGUUUCUGAAUAGAAUAUAAAUACUUGUCAUUCUAUAGCAUAUUCGAGAUGUUUAAAUUUCAUCGAAAAGUUUGAAAUGAAACAGAGAUCAAAGGAUUAAAUAGCAAAAGCUGUCGAGAAAAAGGGGGAGGGGACAACUUUACAUUGAAUUCCUAAAAUGCGAAAUAAUCACAAUUAUUCUUACUCAAGUAACUAAAUUGAUUGAGAUAUUAUCCUGUGCAUUUUUAAUUGUGAUUUUGUUCUUUUAAGACCAAAAUGAGAUUUUAACUUUUUGUGAUGUAAAGAAGAAAACUAAGCAUUUUGUCUUUGUUGACAUACAAAAAUUAAUUAUUAAGUUUAAAUGUUCUGAAUAUCAUGUUUAAUGGUGGUAAGCUGGUUCUAAAGAGUUUUUACAGAAAACUAGUUUUUGUUGCAGAUUAAAUUUCAACUCUAAUUUGUAUAGCAGAAACAACUGACAAGAAACAUGGAGGCAACAUCUUUAGAUUCAACCAGGAGCCAAGAUGGGGCCCCUAGAGAGCCUGAAAAGGCACUAACUCAGGAUGUACAUAAUGUAAAUAUUGAUGAUAGUGAUGAUAGUGUAAAUAGUGUUAAAAGUGUUAAUAGUCAGACAAAAUUCAUAAGUGACCAUGGUGACCAAUCUAGUAAUGAUCAUGAUGAUAGUGGUGAGGAAGGAUGGGCAAGGCUCAAACCUGGUGCAAAAAAAAGAGUUAAAACCAAAUCAGAUGGAAUUAGAAAUAGAAAACAAUCCCUUAGAAUGAAGAAAAGUAGAGCCAUCAAGAAAUUUCAAAAACUGAAGGACAAGCUUUUAAAGGAACAAGUAUAUGAACCAGUAGAAGUUCUUUAUGUUAUUUAUGAAAAAAAAACUAAAAAAUUCAAAUACGACGGCUCAGGGUUCCUAUUAAGACAGUUCGAAAAUGGAAAGCCUCUCUCAAAGGGAGUUCCCAGGAGAAAUCUGAAAGACAGAAGGUCAAUUGUUGAUCUAGACAUGAGUGGAAGCAAGGAAAAGGGGGUAAAGUUUUUAACCCCACAUAAGUACAGAUAUUCGUUUGCUCUGGGUCAGGCUGAAAAUCAUGAAGAUGAUAGAAAAGUACAAACUGAAGAUGAAGAUGUAAGCAUGGUAAGAGAUGAAGAUAAUUUUGAGGAAAAGGAUGAAGAUAAUUUUGAGGAAAAGGAUGAAGAAAAGAUGUCUCUAGCAGCUGACCAAAGAGCGGAAUUAGAAACCAUCGGAAUAGCAGAAGGGGAGCAACGCACCAAAAUGAAGGUGCCGACAAAGAUCAGAAAAACAACUACAAGGAGGAAGCUGGUGGUAGAGACAACCCCGAAAGGAAGAGGCAGAGGUAGAGGAGGAAAAGGUAGAGGUGGAAGCCAAACAAGAAAAAGAAAGAAGAGUGAGUCCUCGUCACAUUCAUCUGACAACAGUAUUAAUCAGAGUAAUGAAGAACCAGAAGACAUGGUAGAAGAGAGCGAUGAAAGUUUUCAUGGGCCUGUGUUGCCAAUGCUCAGUAUUACAGAAGACAGUUUUCAGGGAGUUGUGGAUGGGGAUGAUAGGUUGGAUAUCAACCUGGAGGCCCAUGGUCUUGAUUUUCAAGACCUAUUGCAAAUAUCUAUAGAAGCAGAGGAAAGAGAUACAGUCGGGGAUACAACUGAAGAAAAAACCAUGUCAGUUGAAAAUGUCUGUAAAGAACAAGAAUUUCAAGUGGGACACCAUGUUUCUGUCAAACAUGGCAAAGACAUGUUUCCUGCUGUUAUCACAAAAUAUGAUCAUGAUGAUGGAACCUACUGGGUACAGUACUUUAAGGACAUGAAGGAAAGUACAAAAGAAAAGUGGAGUUUAAUGCCAAAAGUUUUUAGUGUUUUACAUUCAGAAUUUGUUAAAUUGUUACAGCCACCAGACUUGAUUUUUGAAAGUGCAUCUAGAUUUUUUUACAAAUUUCCUGAUUUUUUGGUUUGAAGUAGUGGAAACAUAUAGAAUUUUUUUAAUUUGGCUUUAAAAUCAUGAAUUUAUAAAUGGUAAUCAUGGUUACUAAGUAUGUAAUGUUUCAGGAAAACUGGAUUUUUUUAUAAAUCCACAAGCUUAAGACUAUCAUCAUUCUUUUUACAUGGAAAUUCAAUUCAACAUCUAAUUUUAAUGGCUCAUUAUCAUGAUCAUUACUACAUUGGUUACGUAGGAUUAUUGUAAUUUAAUUAAAGUCCCUACAAUAGUGACAUUCCAUUUAAUGUACCGAUGUGCUUUAAUGUUACAUUCAAAUAGAAUAUUCCUUUAGUAAGAUUGUUGUCUAUUACUUUUACAACUACGGGUAAAUAGUAUGUGUUGUCUCUUUCACAGUGAAGAUCUCAUUUAACCAGUAUUUCUUUUUAAAUAGAGGUGCUUAUUAUGUUAUUUUUAUAAAUAUAUAUUGUUAAAUUCUUCCACAAGGGUUUUUUUUUACCCAUUUUUUAUGUUAAUUUGUUUGUUGCUUCAAAUGUUGGGUUCAGCAUUUCAUUCAUAACAUGCUGACAAAUUGGGUUCAGCAUUUCAUUCCAAACAAGCUGACAAAUUGGGUUCAGCUCAGCUCAAUCAAGUACUUUUAUUCUUGAUAUUUUAUAUUGUAUCCACUACUUUAUUUUGAAAAUCUUUUUGAUUUUUAUGUGUAUAGUUGUAAAUAUAGUUGUUGACAGAUUGAAUGUGUUAGAAACACGAUUUUUUUUUUCAUUGUGUCUUAACCAUGUUAACAUUUGAAAAAGAACUAUCAGACAUCAUGGACAAAUUGAUUAUUUAGAAUUGAAUUGAAACCAUACAUCAAUUUCAGUUUGUUGUCUAUUAUUACUUUUACAACUACGGGUAAAUAUUAUGUGUUGUCUCUUUCACAGUGAAGAUCUCAUUUAACCAGUAUUUUUUUUUAAAUAGAGGUGCUUAAUAUGUUAUUUUUAUAAAUAUAUAUUGUUAAAUUCUUUCAACAAGGGUUUUUUUUACCCAUUUUUUAUGUUCAUUUGUUUGUUGCUUCAAAUGUUGGGUUCAGCAUUUCAUUCAUAACAUGCUGACAAAUUGGGUUCAGCAUUUCAUUCCAAACAAGCUGACAAAUUGGGUUCAGCUCAGCUCAAUCAAGUACUUUUAUUCUUAAUAUUUUAUAUUGUAUCCACUACUUUAUUUUGAAAAUCUUUUUGAUUUUUAUGUGUAUAGUUGUAAAUAUAGUUGUUGACAGAUUGAAUGUGUUAGAAACACGAUUUUUUUUUUCAUUGUGUCUUAACCAUGUUAACAUUUGAAAAAGAACUAUCAGACAUCAUGGACAAAUUGAUUAUUUAGAAUUGAAUUGAAACCAUACAUCAAUUUCAGUUUGUUGUCUAUUAUUACUUUUACAACUACGGGUAAAUAGUAUGUGUUGUCUCUUUCACAGUGAAGAUCUCAUUUAACCAGUAUUUUUUUUUAAAUAGAGGUGCUUAAUAUGUUAUUUUUAUAAAUAUAUAUUGUUAAAUUCUUUCAACAAGGGUUUUUUUGACCCAUUUUUUAUGUUCAUUUGUUUGUUGCUUCAAAUGUUGGGUUCAGCAUUUCAUUCAAAACAUGCUGACAAAUUAGGUUCAGCAUUUCAUUCAUAACAUUCUGAAAAGUUGCAUUUUUACCAUACUCUGUUAUAUAAAGUUGUAGAUAUCAUUGUUGACCGAUGGUGUUCAAACUAAAAGUUUUUUUUGUUUUUUUUUGUAGUUUUUAUUGUAUUUGGUGAAGGAGAAAUACUGGUGAAGUAAUUUGUUUAUGUUUUCAAGAUUGUUUGAUCUCCGUUAUCAAAUUUUGUUUUAAAAAGGGAUGAUUUUAAAAUUUAUUAUUAUAAUGCGAUUUAAUUUCCUUAAUGGUGUUUAUUCUAAUACAUGUAAUAUGACUUUAAUCUUUCCCUAUAACCAAAAUAUAAGAAAUUUUGCUAAAUUCAUGGGGUUACAGACUUUGUUUUUAUAGUAUUUACCACUUUAGUUGGAAGGGGAAAACAUAAAAAUUCUGAGGUUUUAUGGCCUAAAACAUUUUUACAACGCGAUGACAUUACACUUUUUUGAUAUACUGUAAAAACAAAGUCGGAAAUCCCAUGAUUAUUUUACAUCAACCAACAACAUGAAGUUUUUUAAGAAAAAUCUAUAGAGUAGAGCGAUUUCAUUAACAAUUGUUGUUUAUCAUGUUGAUAUACAUGAUCAUGAUGAUAUAGUGCUUAUUUUGUUACCUAAAUAUAAUGCCUUAUCUUGUUGAUAUAGUGCUUAUUUUGUUACCUAAAUAUGAUGCAUGGGUAUAAAUCUAACCAUGACAACAAAACACUUUGUGCUAAAUUUAUUGCUUUACUGAUAUUCAUCUUUUUAUAUAACAGCGAAACAUUAAUUUGUGUGCUGCAAAUGUGCCACUUUAGAAGAUUCAUCAUAAUUCUACAACUUUUUUUAAUGCAAAAAAACAUUCCUGAAUUAUGUUUUUUAACUUACCAUUAUGUUCUCCUUGGAUUAAAUAUUUUUUAAACUCCAAUUAUAUAAUCUGGCUUUGCAGUAUUAUUUACAUGAUUAUUGUUAAUUUGUCAACGACAAACAUUCAAUUAUGUGGAAAAAACAUUACAAACAAUAGAUUUAGCUGUUUGUACCAAAUGGUAAAUCAAGAUUCAUAAAUAUUCAAUAGCAAUUCCAAUAAUUGCAAAGUGACAUUCCAAAAAAAAAAAUCUCUUCGUUUUGUAUGUCAAUGUAUGUGUUUGCCCUUCUUCGAUGUUUUCAGAUUUUUUUUUAAAUGAAAUUUUUAAUAAUCCGUGAUCUUACAUGGCAAAUUAUUAUUUUAGUUUUUAACUGACAUCCAUAAAUUUUUAAGGUACAAAGACAUCUAUACCACACAAAUUUGAGUUGUAAUUAUACACUUUUUUUUUAAAACAAAUCCACUUUCCUCUUUACAAGCUCAUCAGACUUUAUAUUGAUAUAUCAAAAUCAAAAGAAUACUCGAAAGAAUUAGAAAUAAAGGUAGUGUGAUCUCAAAUAUAUAAACUAUUGGAUUAUUGUUUGAAUUUUAUUCAGAAUCAUGUCAACAUGUACAUAUGUUAUGCAAAAUAAAUUUGUUUUAAUUGUUA